AUGCCGUCGGGGGGAUGUCGGCCGCGGGGCCGUCGGGCGGCGGGAGGGUGGGCGCCGUGCUUGGCCCUGGCGCUGGGAUGGGCGCUGGGGUGGGCUCUGGGUGCCGCCCCCCCCCACCGCUGCCGCCCCGACGCCGCGCUGCUGCCGCCGCCGCUGCGCCGCCUGGCGGGGGCCGCGCUGCUGCGCGCGGCCGUCCCGCGCCUCCGCGGCGGCUGGAGCCCGUGUCAGCUCUACCGGUACCGCGGCACCGCCACCGGCCCCGCGCGGCCCAACGGCACCGGGCCCUGCACACGCGGCUGGCACUAUGCCCUGCCCACCGCCGGCCUCCGCUCCAACCUCGUCACACAGUGGGACCUGGUGUGCCACUCGCGCUGGAAGGUGCCCCUGGAGCAGACCACGCACUUGCUGGGCUGGACGCUGGGCAGCAUCACCGCCGGCCUGGCCUGUGACAGGUUCGGCCGCCGGACGGCCUUCGUGGUGUCCCUGGUGCUCGCCGUGCCACUCGGGCUGUGCGUGGCUCUGGCCGCGGACUUCACCAUGGUCCUGGUGUCACGGCUGCUCUUCGGGGCCGCGCUCGCGGGCGCCUUUCUCUCUCUCUAUGUGGCACGGCUGGAGAUGUGCGACCCCCCGCACCGGCUGGGUGUGACUAUAGUGGCCAGCUUCUUCUGGAUCGCUGGGGAGUUGCUGCUGCCGGGGCUGGCGGUGCUGUGCCGUGACUGGCGGGUGCUGCAGGGCGCUGUCACCAUGAUCCUGGCUCUGCUGGCUGCCUUCUGGUGGUGCCCGGCACUGCUGCUGGAGUCCCCGCGCUGGCUGCUGGCCACACGGCAGCUGGAGAGGGCCAGGAAGACCCUGCAAGCGCUGGCCGAAGGCAACGGCUCUGAUCACAGCUCCUGCCACCAGCAGAGCCUCUGCACCGAGCUGCAGUCUCUGUCCGAGGGGUCCCCGCAGCCCCGGUACCACGUUGUCUGUGAGAUCUUCGGCACCAGGGUCAUCUGGAAGAACAGCGUCAUCCUCGGCUUCACAGCGUUCAUCGGCUCCGGCAUCCGCCACUGCUUCACCCGCAACAUGGCCCCCCACCUGCCCCACUUCUUCUCCUCCUACUUUGCACUGGUGGGCACCGAGGCGACCGCCUGCCUCUUUGUCUUCCUGACGGCCGAGCGCUUCGGGCGCCGCGCCAUCCUCCUGCUCUGCACUGUCCUCACCGGCAUCUGCUCCCUCCUGCUGCUGGCCCUCACCCAGUACUUGCUGGAGUUCAUUGUCCUGACCCUGUCUGUGGUUGGCAUCACCACAUCACACGCCGUCACCAUGCUCAGCAUCUUCUUUGCCAGCGAGGUCCUCCCCACUGUGGUCAGGGGUGCUGGGCUGGGGCUGGUCGUGGGCGCCAGCUUCGUGGGCAAGGCAGCAGCCCCCAUCACCGCCAUUCCCAACAGCCGUGGCUUCUUCCUGCACCACCUUGUCUUUGCCUCCUUCACCAUCCUCAGCAUCCUCAGCAUCAUGCUGCUGCCGGAGAGCCAGGGCCACAGCCUGCCCCAGUCCCUGGAGGACGGCGAGAGGCAGCGCCGGUCCCCCUUCUUCCACCAGCCACCCUGCGAGGACCACAUGCCCCUGCUCACCUCCCCCGGCAGCCAACACGACUACUCCAACCUCACCACCUCCACCACAUUGAUCACGGGCUCCACAGUCACCCCCAGUGAGAUGUAGCCAUGCCCCCCCACCCCAUACUGGAGUCACCCUACUGCUGGGGGGCUGAGCACGGUGCUGGGACCCCCAUCUUUGGGUGCUCACGGGGAUGAUGGGGUGCACCAGGACACGUGCAAUAGGGGGAGCAGCACGCCCACCCCACAGUGGGGCCGGAUCCUGCCCCAGGAGGAGCUGUGCUGGGAGUCCUGGGGCAGGGAUGAUGCCCCCCUGCGGUGCUUGCACCAGGGGCUUGCAGGCUGCUAAUAAAAGUGCCUUGUUCCUAUGGGCAGCUGGUGAGAUCAGGGCCCCUCACAGUGCCCCUGCCACCAG